AUGUCCGACGAAGAUGACUUUGACUGUCCCCUUUGCAUGGAGGAACUCGACAUCUCUGACAGAAACUUCCGUCCCUGUCCAUGCGGCUACCAGAUUUGCCGCUUCUGCUGGCACCACAUCAAAGAAGACCUUAAUGGUCGAUGCCCAGCUUGUCGUCGAGUGUACUCGGAAGAAACUGUGGAAUUCAUCCCCAUCUCUGCAGACGAACUUGCCAUGAUUAAAAAUGAGAAGAAGGCAAAGGAGCGGGAAAAGAAGGAGAUCGAAGCCAUGAACCGGAAGCACCUUGCCAACAUGAGGGUUGUACAAAAGAGUCUGGUCUAUGUCAUUGGCUUGCCGACGAAACUAGCCAACGACGAGCAUGCCCUGAGACAACAAGAGUAUUUUGGACAGUAUGGCAAGAUCUCUAAGGUAGUUGUCAACCGCAGGAAUUCGCCUAUGCCCAUGCCAGGAGCAGUGCCAGGUCAGCCUAGUCUGGGUGUGUACAUCACCUAUGUGCGCAAGGAGGAUGCAGCAAAGGCCAUUGCAGCGAUCGACGGAAGCAUAUGGGAUGGCAAGAUUCUUAGAGCAUCAUAUGGGACAACCAAGUAUUGCUCCUAUUAUCUUCGCGGUAUGUCCUGUCAAAACCCUGGGUGCAUGUACCUGCAUGAGCCAGGCGAGGAUGCCGACAGCUACUCCAAGGAGGACCUCGCAGUCAGUCGCCCUGCGCUGCCCACCCAGUCGUCCAGUUCCUCGCUCACCCCAAGGACAAGAUCUGCGCCUGUGGCAUCAACCCAUUCUCCUGCGGCAUCAACCCAUUCUCCUGCGGCAUCGUCGCUAGUGGAUUGGCCAGUACCAGGAGAGAGGUCAGGAGUGGAUGACAGGGAAGACGAAGGCUCGGCUCUCCCGGCAACAGCAUCCUGGGCCAAGAUCGGAAGCAAUCCCUCAACACCGACCCUAAUCAACUCACUUCCGCUCUCUCGAAAGUUGACUGAACCCCCACCACUCCGUGCAAAGGGCUCCACCACAUCCAUCAUCACCGGUGUUGUCGUCAAUAAUGCAAACAAAGAUACCAAUGACUCGCCGGUUCUGGAUUAUGCACCAACACCUGCGGAGGCCCUGGCUGUCGAAGCGGCAGCGAAACAACAAUUGCUGCAAGAACAGCGCCAACAACAGGAGCAACAGCGGAAGCUUAUGAAACAGCAGUUGAAGCAGCAGGAAGAGACUGAGCAACAGGCGGAAGUUUUGAACCGAAAGCUCCGGAAACAACGCCAACAAGAGGAGGAGAGGGAACAACAAGAGCUGCAGAAACAGAAGCAGCAACAGGAGAUGGAGCAAAAGAUGCAGGCACAACUCGAGAAGGAGAAAGAGCAGAAGAGGAAAGAGCGUUUGCAGGCCGAGAAGGAGGCACAGGAGAAGAAGGAAAAGGAAGAACGGGAACGACAAGCUGCAGAGGCCAAGAAGAGGCAGGAACAAGAGCUGCUCGAGCUUGAAGAGCAACGGCGGAAGGCUCAGGUGGAAAACCUGUUUGUCACGGCACCCACUUUGUCCCUUGGGUCUUUUACUUUCAACCCGGAUGCUUCCUUGUCCACCCAGCCCCUCACCCUCGGAAGCGGCAUGAUGCAACUCGGACGGGACACCCCUGGCUCGUUUGGUUUGGACAGUUUCUCGGCCUUUUCUAAUCUUCCCGUUACUCCUGGUCACUACACUGGUUCCUUCAACCCCUUCUCGAUGGAUGACGAGCCGCUUAUGAGGCGAUCUGCUGUUCCCGUUGGCCCAACCCGAUCGUUCUUGGACGAAUCCGAGUUUGAUGCAGCUGGACGGCAACGUCCUAUGGGCCCACCUAUCCCUGGCAAGCCAAGACAGACCUCUCGUUUUGGAUUCGCUAUGGACAACCAGGCUGGUGAUUCUUAUGGAUUUGACAGCUACUCGGACCCCAUCAUGUCGCCUUCGAUGCAGGAAGGAUUCCGAGCCCUAUUCCCCAACGUCAACGUCAGCUUUGGUGCGGCAAACGGUUCACUCAAUGCCCAGCAACAGCAGCAUCAGCUUCAACAACAGCAACAACACUUGCGUCAGCUCCACCAACAGCAGCAGCAGCAGUUGCAAUUGCAACAGCAGCAACAACAACAGCAGCAGCAGACGUUCCAGACUUCGCCUCUGCUUCACCGACAGGGCUCCACUCCUAAUGGAAUGUGGAACGCAGGCGACAAGCAGGACUCUCACAUGCUCCAGCGAAACAUGGCCCAGCUCAGCAUGGACAACAUGCAGUCGACCCCAAGUUCUCGCAUGGCAGAGUACCACCAACAGAUGCAGACCCACUCUCAACGCAAUGGCCCUCCAGGAAUCACUCGCAACACAUUAAACCCUUCGAUGAUCAAGACCCCUCCUCCUGGUCUGGAGUCCCUUGCCCGCUCCGACAUGGGUAACUGGUCUGGAUCUCAGCAACAACAGCAGCAACAGCAGCAAGCAUCCUCCAGGAUGAACGGCUGGAGCAACGACAAUGGUCCCUACAACUCCCUGGCUUUCCAAGACCCAGCAAUCAUGUCAGCUCGCUUGCCAAGUUCGGGGGCGACCAAGGCAUCGCUGAUGGAGGCUCUUCAGAACCCUAUACCGAGCAAUGGACUGAACGGAUACCGUAUGGCAAAUGGUCAUGACAGCAUGGAUUCCAACCACAACAGCAACAGCAACGAUGCGAUCUCAGAGGGUGAUAAGAAGCAGGAUGGACAGCAAGUUGCGUCGUUGAAGCAGCAGCAGCAAAGGCAAGGAAUGCCCGAUUCCCCUUCGCCACUGCAGAACUUUCCUUUGGGCUCCAAGCGCAAAGAAAUCAAAUCAGUCAAGGGUGUUCUGAACUCUGGAAUGAAUGCCCCCUUGAAUGGAAGUUCGAGGUCCCGUCCAUCUUCGACCCCCGGAUCCCCUUUGGUCGAACCUCGGCUCCAGCUCCCUACUCAGCAGCAACAACAACAACAUCUGCAAGCCAACUCUCAGGCGAUGAAUGGAUUGACUUCUGCUGCAGCUCGAUCGGCAAAGGUCAAGUCGGAUCUGUUGAUGGGCUUGAACUCGCCCAGCAUCCGGUCGGAUCGGUACUCGGCGGCAGCGAACAUGAAGGAUGGUUCGGACGGAGGCCAGUACGAUAUGAACGGAUACGGACAACAACAUUCGCCUAUGAUGGGAAGCGCCGUCACGGGCCCGCCUCCUGGUCUUGGCAUGCCUAACGGCAACAGCAACAGCAACACCAACCACAACAACCCUGGAAGCCCCUACUCGAUGUCGAAUCUCCUUGGUCGUCAGCCCGAGUCCUCGCAGUCGCUGUAUGGCAAUACAAAUGGGAAACCCUUGGAUGUGGCGACUAUGAUGAGUGCGCUAGACUUUUUCGGACCUGGGCAGGCUAGUUCGCUGAUGAUGUCUCCCAACUGGUCUAUGGCCAGCGGACAUUCUCAACAACAACAACAGCAGCAACAACAGAACCAACAACAGCAGCUUCAGCAGGACAAGAACAGUGGCUCUAACACUGGUCACUCGAGUCCUAGUCUGGCAUCUGCCGCAGCAGGAGGAGCGACGGCACGCAGCGUGGAAGAUCUUGAGUUGCAGGUGAUCAAUGCCAAGAUGGAGACGCAGAUGCUUGAGAACCAGCUGAAUGCGGUCAUCAAGCGCAACCGCCGCAAGCUCUACGCUUAG